AUGGCGAUUGACGAGAGGCCAAGGGACUCUUUGGUCAAAUAUGAUCCGCCAUUGGAGCUCGGUCCAGCCUCGGCACAAGCCUCCGGGAGUACUUUUAAACGGAGUGUCAACGAAUCAAUGCAAAUUGAUUACCCUUUAUGCUUAGUUACAAUACAUCAUAGUUUUUAGUUUAGUGUUAUCGUCCACCAGCAUCAAAAGAAAAGACGAAGAGAAUUCUUGAACAUCACAAGAAGUACGAUGAACAACUUGCAAAUCAUACACAUAAUCCUCCUAAUUACCGUAUUAAGGGUAACAUUUCACCUAUUUUGUACAACAGCGGGAAACAAAUUGAAGCAACAGCUGAGUAAGAAAACAACGUUACCGCCAGUCGAGUUCAAGCCACAACUGGAGGAUAUCCUGCAUGCUUUGUUGCCGCCAAGGUAUCUACAAUUUCAUGCUAUUUUUUAUCUCAAUUGUUAUCAACGACGAAAACCUACACUGAAAAAGAACAUUCGUUUUCAUUCAGACAAUAGGUGUGCCCUGCGUCUGCCUAUUCUCACGAUCGAAAUCAUGAUAAACCAGAACCAAUGAUAACACUUCACCUUCUACUUCAGGGAAUUUUUAUGACUUCACUUUUCUCUCUGAGUCACCGUCCACGUCAAUGAAGCAUCAAUCAUCAAUCAUAUAUGAAACAUUUCACUUUCUUCAGGGAAUGGGUCGAGAACGAGAGGAAUAUGAUCCAGUAUGUGAGCAGUGCCCAGCCAACGCGACUAGACGUGAUUCAACUACAAGAGGCCUUGGAUCACAAAUUGAUGGAGUUAUGUUGAGACGAGUAUUUGCACUAUUUACCCAGAAGAAGUAGAAGUAUCUUGUUGAGCUAGUCGUGGAAUCAAGUUAGUAGCACUCGCAUCUACUCCAGAUUUGUAAUUAUCUUUGUAUUUGUGGACGUAUCGUGAGUCAUUCGUGGAAUGAUCAAGUUACUAGUACCAACUUGAGAAUUGUCAGUCUUGUUAGGACAAUAUUUGCACCUCUUUCUUUUUUAUGCGACUGGUACUAGACAAGACCUACGACCAUCUGAAGACACCAUCUCUAACAACAAGGCAAGCAAGAGAAACGGGUAUCUGUCCGGUGAGGGAAGAGCUCUAUUCGCAAACCUUUGACGAACUUAUCCGCCAAGUCUGCAUCAACUGUCCAGAAAGGUAAGAUGAAUUAUGGUGAUUUUGUUCUACUCAACGUCAACAAAGCUGUUCAUGUACCUGCUCUUUAUCUCCAGUCCAUUCUGCUUAACGACCCUCCAAUUUUUCUACCUUGUAGUACACUUAUACUGCGAUUCCCCCUUGCACUUACUUAAAGUGGUUAUCGUCCCGACCUACAUUACAUCUAGGGGCCUUCUCCUCCUUCGAGUACGAGACGAACUUAGGAUGACAAUUGCGGCAUAUCAGACUUUGUACGGUAGUAGCGUGACUUUUGGCACAAGAAAACAGCUACAAUCUGAGAUGGGCAAAGCAGACACCGAAAGCACAUUGGCGGAUCUUGAGAAAAGUAAUUUUACGUAUCCUGAUUGCGCACUACAUUUUGAUUUUUCUCGAGAUGAUUCAUUGGAUGAAUCUAGUACAAGUUAGUACAGCAUCCAUUCACAUCUUGUUUCUUCCUCUCUUCCCAUCCUCCCUCUCUUCCCAUCCUCUCUUCCCAUCUCCUCCGUCCACCACAACGACUACAGAGAAAAAAUCUUUGGAAGCCCAAGUGGUGGAAUUGAAGAACCAAGCAGAAGCCAUCGAACGCAGAGAAGCAGAGAAACGGGCAAUUGAAGACCGCAAAAAGCGAGAAGAACUCGACUUCUUGAAACAUCAAGGACAACACUUAGAAUCCUUCCUAAGCAGUGUUGAAAAGAACUGAGUAGUUGUUUAUUGUCCUGAGUAGAAGAGCUAAAAAAAGCUGUUUUUGUUGUUGUGUUGCUUAUGAUUCUAUCUUAGACAGAAGUAGAAAUAGCCUUCGAGUAAGCCUGCUGAAUUUGUAGAGGUACUAGAAGUUGUGUGCUGGAAAAGAAAAUAGAUUGAAGGCGCGACUGAAAGGAAGGCUUCAUAGUUGUUGUUCGUGGGAGAAUACGUUAUUGGACUCCUCUUGAAAUUAAGACAUGACGAAAAUUCAUUUGAACUGGUGCAUAAUUAGCAUUGUGAAAAUUGAAAGACUAAGACUUGUCGUUUCCCAAUUCCCUAUUCCUGCUAUAGACUGUAACACUACAAGUAGAUGACCAUAUAGUCGAUUCUGCUUGACGGUAAUCGCAUUUUAACAUAGAUCCGAUUGUAAAAGUUUCUAUUUCAAAGAUGACCACUGAGCUUGAAGACCAAGACAUGGCAAAAAUCACAUGCAAGAAAGAUAAAAAUUGUUUUUAUGGACAUUGUCAUUGUGUGAAAAGAAAUAUGAACCAUGAUCAAGCACCAAGCAAAGACCGCAUGAAAGCAAAAGUACAAGAACCGAAGAUAGGAGAGUAGCAAUGAUGUGAUAAACGAAUACCUAGUGCAGCUUGGAGUCUUGAUUGCAUCAUGAGGAAUAUCGACACCGAG